AUGAACUUCCCAGAAGAGCAAAAUGUGCAGCACAUGAACAUUACAACAAAGAGAAUAUUUAUUGAAGAGUGCAAAAAAUUCCUAAUGUCAAGCCUGCUUCAUAUCAAAGAAACAAAAUGGGACAAAGACCUUUUCUCUAGCAGAGUGCGCGCAUGGGCAUCUGUAAGCGGCCUUAUGGACACAAGCAAUCAAAAGACAGACUUAUGUGAAAGCUUUCUUUUUUGGGAAUACAUAACAGAGACUCUUGAGUCUAUCUCACUUUAUUCUCCAGAAGAGGUAGAGCAGGCAAAAGAGAACAUUAGCAUACUUAUUCACUCGAUCCACGAUGUUCCGGUAACAGCUUCUGCUCUUUUCUAUCUUACCCGCAUAAUGAAGCUAGAUCAGGAGGGUAGUACUUCUCUUUCCGGGCAGCUGCACCCUCUUGUUUCAGAAAUGACAAGACUGUAUGAUGAUAUAACACAAUUUGCAUAG